GAGGAAGAGGAGGAGGGGGCUGAGGGGUGCCCCUGAGCCUCGGGGGGGUGUUUGUCGUAUUUUGGGGCGAGGAGCCCCCCCAGUUCUCCUUCUCCCCCUCAUCCCACAGAGGUGGGGCGAUGACUCCCCAGGAGUAGCAGACCCUUCCCACGGGGAGGGGGAGAGAGCCACCCUAGAUAAAGGGCCAGGGAGGGGUGGCAGGUGGGAGUUUAGCCUUGCCCCCCCUUAAAGGGACUUACUUGUCCUUGGGGUGAUAAAUAGGGGGGGGCUUCUGUAGGGCCCAAGUCCAGGGGGGCAAGGGAGGGCCCCCUCCCUUCCUAUUAGUACCAGGGCCCCCUUGCCAAGGAGUCUUGAGGGUGACCCCAGUUUCUGAGGAGGGGUUAGCUGGGGGGUGGGGUGCUGUUGACAGGCCCAGGGAUUGUCAGCUGUGGGGUGAGGGUUGGGGGGCCUCCUUGCCCCCCAAGGCAGGAAGGAGAGGGGGGUCUCCUGUGGAAAGAAGCCCCCUCCCCUCUUUCCCUGACCCCCAAGUCCCUCUCCCCCUGCCCCCCCAGGCCAGGCCAGAGCCAGGGCCAGGCCAAAGUUUGUUUGUUUUUGGCUGGGGGGGUGUGUGGGGAAGGAGGCGGGGGGGCAGCCGAGAUGGCCGACCUGGAGGCCGUGCUGGCCGACGUGAGCUACCUGAUGGCCAUGGAGAAGAGCAAGAGUUCGCCGGCCGCCCGUGCCAGCAAGAAGAUCACCCUCCCGGAGCCCAGUAUCCGCAGUGUGAUGCAGAAGUAUUUGGAGGAGAGAGGAGAAUUAACCUUUGACAAGAUUUUUAAUCAGAAGAUUGGGUUCCUGCUCUUCAAGGACUUCUGCCGGACGGACAUGGAGGAGGAGGGCGUCCCACAGCUGAAGUUUUACGAGGAGAUCAAAGAGUACGAGAAGCUGGACUCGGAGGAGGAGCGCCUCAGCCGAAGUCGGCAGAUUUACGACACUUACAUCAUGAAGGAGCUGCUCUCCUGUUCUCACCCUUUUUCGAAGCCCACGGUCGACCACGUGCAGACACACCUGGCCAAGAAGCAGGUCCCCGUCACCCUUUUCCAGCCCUACAUAGAGGAAAUCUGUGACAGCCUCCGAGGAAAGAUCUUCCAGAUGUUUCUCGAAAGCGAUAAAUUCACUAGGUUUUGUCAGUGGAAGAACGUAGAGCUCAACAUUCAUCUGACCAUGAAUGACUUCAGCGUCCACCGAAUCAUCGGGAGGGGAGGCUUUGGAGAGGUUUACGGCUGUCGAAAAGCAGACACAGGAAAGAUGUACGCGAUGAAGUGUUUGGAUAAAAAGAGGAUUAAGAUGAAGCAAGGAGAGACCCUCGCCCUGAACGAGAGGAUCAUGCUCUCCCUCGUCAGCACCGGGGACUGCCCUUUCAUCGUCUGCAUGACGUACGCCUUCCACACCCCGGACAAGCUCUGCUUCAUCCUGGACCUGAUGAACGGCGGGGACCUCCACUACCACCUCUCCCAGCACGGGGUCUUCUCCGAGAAGGAGAUGCGCUUCUAUGCCACCGAGAUCAUCCUGGGGCUGGAGCACAUGCACGGCCGAUGCGUCGUCUACAGAGACCUGAAGCCCGCCAAUAUCCUCCUGGAUGAACAUGGCCACGUCCGCAUCUCCGACCUGGGCCUGGCGUGCGAUUUCUCCAAGAAGAAGCCUCACGCCAGUGUGGGGACUCACGGCUACAUGGCCCCCGAAGUGCUGCAGAAAGGGACGGCCUAUGACAGCAGUGCCGACUGGUUCUCCCUGGGCUGCAUGCUUUUUAAGCUCCUCCGAGGGCACAGCCCUUUCAGGCAGCACAAAACCAAAGACAAGCAUGAAAUUGACCGCAUGACCCUCACCGUGAAUGUGGAGCUGCCCGAAUCCUUUUCCCCUGAACUCAAGGCCCUCCUGGAAGGCCUUCUCCAGAGGGAGGUCGUCAAGAGGCUGGGCUGCCAGGGGAGCGGGGCCCAGGAGGUCAAGGGGCACCCCUUCUUCAAAGGCAUCGACUGGCAGCACGUCUACCUGCAGAAGUACACCCCGCCCCUGAUUCCUCCAAGGGGAGAAGUCAACGCGGCGGAUGCCUUUGACAUCGGCUCCUUCGACGAGGAGGACACAAAAGGGAUCAAGUUGCUGGAUAGCGACCAGGAACUCUACAAGAACUUCCCGCUGGUCAUCUCGGAGCGCUGGCAGCAGGAAGUGGCUGAAACCGUCUACGAGGCCGUGAAUGCGGACACGGACAAGAUCGAAGCCAGGAAGCGGGCGAAGAACAAGCAGCUGGGGCACGCCGAGGAUUACGCCCUAGGGAAGGACUGCAUCAUGCACGGGUACAUGCUGAAGCUGGGCAACCCCUUCCUGACACAGUGGCAGCGGCGCUAUUUUUACUUGUUUCCCAACCGGCUCGAGUGGCGCGGAGAAGGGGAGUCGCGGGGUGCCUGGCGCUCUUACGCCAACAAGCCAAGGCGGCAAAACCUGCUGACGAUGGAGCAGAUUGUCUCCGUGGAGGAAACGCAGAUCAAGGACAAGAAGUGCAUUCUGCUCCGAAUUAAGGGAGGCAAACAGUUCGUCUUGCAGUGUGAGAGCGACCCGGAGUAUGUUCAGUGGAAGAAGGAGCUGACCGAGGCCUUCACGGAAGCCCAGCGGCUCCUGCGAAGGGCUCCCAAGUUCCUGAACAAGUCUCGCUCGGCGGUGGUGGAGCUUCCGAAGCCGCCCCUGAACCACCGGAACAGCAACGGCCUUUAGGGCCAGGGUGGCCGAGAGUGCGCGGUAGGGAGCUCACCUGCGUGUCCCGGUGGCGCCCCCUUCACUCCUCCUGCGGUCCCUGAAGCAGGAGUUGCCUCGAGAAGGAUGGAAGCCUGGGUGGUGCUGAGCACCGUGGGGGUCGGUGCCCAGGAACCGGCUUCACGGCACCCAAGAAGGCCGAGCGGGUGGUGGAUCGUGGUUAAUGAAGGACAGAGACUGGGGACGGAUGCCUCACAAGACCACCCACCCAGUUGGCUGCCCCCCCCCAGGAAAGGACUGCAGGAAGGAACUUCUCGGGAGGAUGAGCCUCUGCCGGCCGACCGACCGUGGUGGGAUUUCACAGGUGGCACCUUGGAAGGAUGGCUGCUUUUUUUCCCCCCAGACUGCACUUCUUUGGGGUUCGGUACACCUUUGGGAAGAACCUUCACCCUCGGGAGCAGAGGUGGUGGCCCCCGGUGACUCUCCCUGUUUGGUUUCUGCCCGUCAGGUCACCCACGGGUGGCUCUCUGCCUCCUCCUGCCGUCCAGCCGGCUGGCCCUCAGUGGCAGCUUGGACUGCCCCCUGUAUGCUGGCUGGACUGGACUCUCUUUGUGUCCUGUGGUUUUAAAUGUUGUUGCUGCUGCUGCUGCUGCUACUUGGGGAAACCAAGAAUCGGCCUCUGACUAGUCCGUUGGUUUAUUGCACUUAUUAACUAGAGUAUCUGCUGCUGUUUGUUUUUGCUUCUGUGACGGGAGUGAGGGAGCGAGUGAGGGAGCAGACACAUUAGGAAGGGACCGACCAAUGAGAAGUGGGCAGCUCAAGAGUGCGCGCAUCUGUGUGCGUGGAUCUGCACGCUUCUCUCUCUUUCUCUUCUGCUGCUGCUGCGGCGGCUCUGUUUUGUAAACAGCUG